AUUUAAGUGAUGUAAAGCCCAGAGGCCGUGCGCCAGGAGCUCGGGAAGCAGCCGGAAGGCGGGAAGCGCCGCCCCGACCCGAGAAGCGGGGACGCGGCGCUUUCGCGGGGAUCAAGGAAGGAGCUGCUCCCGGUCCCUGACGGCUGUGGCGGCUUCGGGUACCGUCCUUGCUCGGUGGGAGCGGCCCGAGAAAGCGAGCAGGGGGCCGGGAAGGCUAGCAGGUGGCUGGGAAGCGCUCUUGAAGCCGAGUCGGCAGCACAGGGACAAAACUUAGCGGCGGCCUCGCUCCUGCAGCUGCUUCCUCAGCUCCUCCCUCAGCCACAGCUGCGGCAUCGCGCCUCGGCCGCGCCCCUCACGAAAGGGCGGGAAGGGCUGUGAGGGGCCGCCCCUGGCUCUGAAGGGCCGGAGGGCUGCUCGGCUGUCGGAGGACGUCGGCUCAGGGUGACUCGCACCUCCCCGGCUCCUCCAGCCUCGUAUGCCCUCAGGGGUGCUCUGCCUGCCCGCGGGGUGUGAGCGCUGCGGAACCCUCCACAGCAGGACGAGGGCAGCAGGUGCAGGUCGGUCGGAAAUGGCGAGCAGCAAUGGCUGCUUUGAGGGUGCGGCAAUGCUCGCCUUCGACCCCGCACCUGAGAAGAUUUUGUCCCCCGAGGUUCUCAGACAGCCAAUUUCAAAGGAUCUCUCCGAGCCUGUGACUGCAAGGCUGAAUCCUCCACCUUGUAUGACAUGCAGUGAAACAGAGGUGAUGAAAAAUCCAGGACCUUUUCUUUGUAAAGGAGCCGACACCACCAUAUUUUCAGCCCUUCCCUCACUGAAAGACCUGGAUUUGAUUGAAAGAUACAAACAGGGAGUAAUAAACUCAGUAUCUGCCUUGCAUCUGUUUGCCAAAAUACACCACCUGCAGCUUGAAUUGAAAGAAACAAGCUUGGCAGGUGAUGUCAUAAGGCCUUAUUUUGCCUUUUGUGCUGUGAUAAAUGGUGUUUGCUACAAGACUGGGCUGGGAAAGAACAAGAAGGAAUCUAAAUUAAAUGCAGCUAAACUGGCUCUUGCUGAGCUACUUAACUUGGAGAAUACAGGGGCAAAGUCUUUUGAAGAUUCAGAUUUUCCCUGUGCUCCUGAUGAGCCUCGACCUCCAGGAAACUCUGCUUGUGUUUCAAGGACUGGAGAACGUAUCUAUCAAAAACUCUCACAAAUGCUUGAGGAAGUAUUUAACCGCCUUACUACCCAACACCCCGAGUACCAAAGCUGUGGCAGUUCCCUGGCUGCCUUCAUCAUUGAAAAGGGUGGGCAGCAUGAGGUGGUAGCUCUGGGGACAGGAGAAUGCAACUACAGCCGGCGCUUCGAGUCCUGUGGGAGGCUCUUGCACGACAGCCAUGCUGUUGUCACUGCCAGGCGUUCCCUGCUCAGAUAUUUGUACAGGCAUCUUUUGCUGUUCUAUAACAAAAAUCCAGCCAAGGCAGAGAGAUCCAUAUUUUGCACAGCACCAGGCUCAAAGCUGCUUACCUUAAAGCAAAAUAUAACACUCUCUCUCUACAUGAACCAGCUUCCAAAAGGAACUGCUCAGUUAAAAUCAGAGGUGCAUCUCGGUCCCCAGUCUAUAUCUGCUUACGAAGCGAGUGAAGAACUGAGUCUGCAUGUUGCUCUAGAAGGCAGGAUUUACCUGGCUGUUUGCUGUCCCCCCAAGACUGUCAGAGUGAGCAGCAUGUCAUCUGGUGACAAACUGACCAAGUGGGAGGUGGUUGGUCUUCAAGGAGCCUUGCUGAGCCACUUCAUUGAACCCGUGUACAUCAGCAACAUUCUUGUGGGAAAUGGAAUUUGUAAGGAUACAAAAGGACUGGACAUAACCAUAAAGCAGCGUCUUGAUGAUGAACUUAUUUCAAAGCUUCCCGUGCAUUACCUGGUCAAUAGAUCUCAUAUUUACUUGGUGAAAGCUGCACUACCAAUCCAAACAUAUUUGAACCAGUGGUCACUUAGUUUGAAUUGGACAUUGUCAGAUGCAUCUCUGGAGGUUGUGGAUGGAUUAAGUGGGAAAACCACUGAAAGCUCCCCGUUCCGCAGUGGCACCUGCCUGGCCAGCCGCCUGUGCAAGGCUGCCAUGUUCAGCCGCUUCAGGAUGCUCGCCAGGGAAGCAGGACGGGGUGACCUGCUACAGUUUGCAACAUACCAUGAGGCAAAGGUUAAAUCUCAGUUGUACCAAGAAGCUAAAAGCUUGCUGCAGAGCUAUUUAGAGCAACACAGUUAUGGAUCAUGGAUUGUGAAAUCUCCACAUAUUGAACAGUUCAGUGAUUGAUUGAUGGAUGUUAAGUCUGUUGAAUGAUCUGUUUCAGUAAAUAGAGUUCUGAGUAGUAAAAUAUUCAACUUCAAGUUUGUUGUUACUGGAAGAAAACAAUUCCAGAACUGCUUCUUGUCAGUUUAAAUGCAGUUAUUAAACCAUCUGUAAUAGUUCAGUCUUUUCCCAAAAUUGAUGUUUUCUCAUAGGUGGGAGUAACCUACAGCUUUGUAAAUCUUUCUUCUGCUUUGCCCCCCAGUGCUACCUCAUUUCAGCUCACUGACCCUGACUCCUACAAAUCCCCACCCUGUGGAAUUAACAUAUUGUUUUCCUGAUAGUUUCAGGAUUUCUUUAUAUUGAUUUCUUCUUUUUCCUCCCUUUCUCAUAACUUUGCACACAGAAAAGAAAAAAAUCAGUAAAAGCUGGAUUUCUUUAAAAAGCAUAUUAAUGUAAGCAUCUUUCAGGAAAAAAAAAAUUAACAGUCUGUGCUUCAUUCGUAGGCAUUCAUCCUUUGUUAAGAGUUUGGUUUAGUGUGGAUCUGCCAAGUAGUUUAUAGCUUAUAUUGUUUCUGCUAGAAGAGUUAAAAUAAUUUUUGUACUUCUAAAUAUGAAACCUGUACUGACCAGCUGUUACUCAACUGUCUUGUUACAAUUACUGGUUCUGGUAGUGGGUUUAAAGCAUCAUGCAGGUGUCAAAGCUGUAAGAAAGAAAAUAAUGCAAGGUAGUAUAAAAGUCUCCAGAAACAAGGUUUUUUCAGCUUUUGUGGUUUGCCUCAAACCCCAUCUAUGUUAAUGCUUACGGAUGAGUUGGACUCCGGCACUGAAGAUGAUUUCAUCACUGCACUGACAAGUCCUAGUGAAAUUGUCUGCAUGCACAGUAACCUGGAAAAUGGUGCCUGUCACAAGGGAAUUGACUUCAUUUUAAGUCCUGGUAAGAACAUGGUAGCUUUGGGAAGGUGUUGUUAAGUGCCAUGUUUGGAGUUGGUGUGGUGUUGUGAGCACUGGUGUGUUCAAGCUAGACAAUACACUUGAAUUAUGUUUGUGAUUUCUGUAAAUCAUGCAAGUGGGGAAUUACGCAGUAUUCUCGUACAUCAGGAAUAGUGUGCGUAGUGCUUUAGUCAUGUUUCACUUUCUUAGUGUUAGAGGAUUCUCAAAGAAGUUCCUCCUCCUGGUGUUUGUUUCUUUCCUUAAUCUGUUCUUCCAGCUAAUAUCAUAUAUAGAAUCUUCUGUUGGAAUGAUCUUAUGCUGAUCCACAAGUUGUUGAAACUCACUGACUUGUUACUACUUAUCAUUGACCUUUUUUGCCUAAUGUGCUCUCUUGUUUUCUGUUACUUGUGGCAUAUGGUGGAACUACUUGUUUGAUGUAAUGUUUCCUAAGAAUGCUUGGGAAUGGCCGUCAUAUUCCAGGCUAGAGGACAGUGUUGCUUUUUUGUAGGGGUGUUAAAAGUUCAAUAAAUGUCCUUGACAAUG